CUCUCCUCUUCACUCAAAACCUUUCCCAAUUCUUGUCUGCAUUUUACAUCUCUCUCUCUCUCUCUCUCUUUCCAAACAUGGAUUUCUCCCUCCUCUCUGUGAUCACUUUAGGAUUUCUGAUCUUAUCUCUGCUAUCUUCAUCAUCGCUGUUUUCCAAUAAAAUGCAUCUUAAACUCAGAAAAUUUGUCUUCUAUUGUUGUCCAAGCAUUGGUUGCCUCAUGGCCUUCUACAAGAAUCGCCGCCGCUUGUUGGAUUGGUACACUGAGCUGUUGUCACAAUCGGAGACGCAGACGAUCGUUGUGCACCGCCUCGGUGCUCCAAGAACGAUCGUCACUGCAAAUCCGGAUAAUGUUGAGUAUAUUUUGAAAACCAAUUUCGCCAACUUUCCAAAGGGAAAACCCUUUACUGAAUUGCUGGGGGAUUUUCUGGGUCUCGGGAUUUUCAACGUUGAUGGUGAGAAGUGGAGCAUCCAGCGCAAGUUAGCCAGCCACGAGUUCACUGCCAAGUCUUUGAGGGAAUUCGUGGUAAAAGUUCUUGAAGAUGAAGUGGAGAGUAGAUUGAUUCCCAUUCUCGAUGAUGCUGCGGAAAAUGACAGGAUCAUAGACAUGCAGGAGGUGUUGAGGAGGUUUGCUUUUGAUACUAUUUGCAAGGUAUCACUUGGGAUGGACCCUCUGUGUUUGGACCUUUCCCGGCCUCCUCCGCCUCUCGCGGCAGCGUUUGACGCCGCUUCAGAGAUCUCCGCCAUGCGCGGGACAGCGCCGGUCUUUGCUGUGUGGAAACUGAAGAGAGCUUUGAAUGUGGGCUUGGAGAAAGAGCUGAAAGAGGCUGUGAAGCUUGUUCAUGGCUGCGUUGAUGAGAUGAUUAGGUCCAAGAAAGGAACGAUGGGUGGGAAUAGCGGCGGCGAUCUUCUGUCGAGGUUCUUGGAAUCUGGGCUUGAUGAUGAGAUGGUGAGGGAUAUGGUGAUAAGUUUUCUGAUGGCGGGAAGGGACACCACCUCCUCCGCAUUGACGUGGUUGUUCUGGCUGCUGACGGGCCACCGGGGAAUUGAAAAACAGGUGGUGGACGAGAUUACAUCUAUGAAGAAUGGCGGGGAACAACUGGGCUUCGAUGAUCUGAAAGGAUUGAACUUUAUCAAGGCUUGUUUGUGUGAAUCCAUGAGGCUUUAUCCGCCGGUGGUGUGGGACUCCAAGCAUGCGGUGAAAGACGACGUUUUGCCGGACGGAACACCGGUUUACAGAGGAAACCGGGUCACGUAUUUCCAAUACGGAAUGGGAAGGAUGGAGGAGGUGUGGGGUAAGGACCGGCUGGAGUUUAGACCAGAGCGUUGGCUGGACGAGAGUGGAAUGGUGAAAAUGGUGAGCCCGUACAAAUUUGCAGUGUUUCAGGCCGGUCCAAGAGUGUGCCUUGGGAAAGAAAUGGCUUUCAUCCAAAUGAAAUAUGUGGUGGCAUCGGUUCUGCGCCGGUUUGAACAAUCUAAAUUUUGAUCAUUUAAAUUUAAUUUAUAAUUUUAAAAAACUUAAAAUAUCAAAUAUGCAGGGAAUUACCUUGAUUGGGCUAAUUAUAAUUAAAU